AUGAGCUCCGCGACAAGCUCAAUCCAAGUGCGUCCAACAAAUUCGUACAGUGGUACCAAGAGCUGGUCCGAAAGUGCUUGGCUUGACUGGUCCGUCACUCGUAGUACUUCAACGAGUUCUUCUGUGGGCGCUGAAGCCACUACUUCUUCGCUGACUACAGCCACCACGAGCUCUGUCGUAGGCUACCCAACCAUUCCCUCUCAUACUGCCAGCAAUUCUUCAUGGACUGAAAACGGAUGUGACGCAAUACCACCAUACCAACUCGUGAAGAAUCCUUCGUUUGAAUGUUCCGAUCAAGGAUGGACAUUGGAUGAGGCGGAUAUUGUGUGGGGAGGCGUCCUGGCUUCCAAACGUGAUCUCUCUUCACCCGAUGUAGCAUAUGAUGGCAAGGGAUUUGCUCGCCUGCAUCCAGCUUCUGGGUCUGAAACUGCAACUCUGUCUCAGACACUUGACACUCCCGCACCGAAUGGAUCAUACUGGUAUUCGUUUGCCUACAGAGUUCCAGAAUCGGGAGUCACGCCAGAUGGAUGUACACUGACAGUAUCCACCGACGAAGGAUCAUUAGCAACCAUUGGAUCCCUAUCGACUGCCAGCUCGUGGAUGAUGACCGGCAAAGAAUUCACGAUUGAAGCAUCGAUAAGCGUGUUCUCUCUCGCCUUUAGCUGUAAUGGUGCCGAUACUACUUCGCCUGUCCUGGAUCUCGACUACGUCAAGAUGGGCCUGAGCAGUGGAAGCGGGACAUCUGGCCAUGAUACCACUGGAAACAGUACCGGUCCUCCGGCACACCCUACAUCACCGCCAGUGGAUGUGACAAGUCCGGACAGUAGCGUGCCUCCGGCCAACGUGACCAGUCUCUACGACGGUGCUGCCACACAUUCAGAAGCAAGUGGGCCGACGAGCACCAUCGCGACGUCAAGCGAUCCCACUGGACCAACCGAAUCGGGCAAUUCGACUACGGGGGUUUCAAGGCUGAAGCCCCGUGGCUACCAUCGAUAUCACCGAAACCAUAACGUGAAUUAG